AGAAGCUGGUGAUCUAGGUCUUCCAGGGCCCAGUGGAGAGAGGGGUUCUCAGGGUGACCCUGGAGUGCCUGGUCAGGCAGGGCAGGGGGGCUUGGCUGGGCUUCCUGGGCCCAUGGGACCGAUUGGGACUCCAGGACCACCCGGACCCCCCGGACAGUCCUACCCUGGUGACGGGGAGGGUUCCGAAGUGACGGGGGUCAAUGGUGUUGCUGGAGUGAUAGGGAUUCCAGGACCACAGGGUCCGCCCGGAAUCGCAGGCCUUCCAGGAAGAUCUGGUUUGCCUGGGCUUUCGGGAGAGAAGGGGAGCGAGGGAGCAAGAGGACGGGAUGGAACACCAGGGAUGGACGGAUUCCCAGGACAAUUGGGAGACAAAGGGGAGAGGGGAGACAGAGGAGAAAGGGGUGAGCCAGGACGUGAAGGGGGGCCCCCUGGACCUCCAGGAGCCCCUGGCCCACCGGGACAGAUCUACCAGACCUCAGGCAGUUUUGAUGGAGUUCUUGGGAAUCAAGGACAGGGAGGACCAGGUCUUCCCGGCCGGGCAGGAUUCCCAGGGCCUAUGGGACCAAAGGGAGAUACAGGAGAGCCUGGACAGCCAGGAUACGCAGCUAAGGGGGAGAAAGGAGAACCUGGUAUUAUCAUGGGGCCUGAUGGAAGACCCCUGUACUUGGGAGGGCUGGGGUCUCAACCGGGAGAGAAGGGACUCCCGGGACCUGAGGGACCUCCUGGUCCCUAUGGUCCAGCUGGUCUAAAGGGAGAUAUAGGCAUGCCAGGUAGACCGGUAAGUAUCUCUGUUCAGCUAUUAGCCAAGUGGUGGUGCUCUGUAGCUCAGUUGGUAGAGCAUGGCGUUUGCAAUGCCAAGACA